AUGUCAAGGAAGGGUGUCGGGCUGGCGGCGUUCGACAGGUCGCGUAUCACGUCGGCGCAAUAUGCUUCGCAUGGAUCAAACUUGCGGCUGACGAAUGCGCAAGCGCUGCAAACGCAGCUGGACGUGUUUCGAUCUCUGCUACAACAGUUUGCACAAACACAUGCCAAGGACAUCCGGUCGAACCCAACAUUCAGAGCGCAGUUUGCGCGCAUGUGCUCUGCCAUCGGCGUCGACCCUCUCACCAGCAGCAACAGCUCAUCCAGCGGAUCCAUAUGGGCACAGCUGCUAGGACGCUCGGUCAACGACUUUUAUUUUGAGCUGGCAGUACGUGUGGUGGAAGUAUGCGCAGCAACAAGAGCCGAGAACGGUGGCCUGAUUGAAGUUCGCAAGGUCAGGGACCGUAUCGCGAGAGGCCGCAUGGACGGUGCGCCCGAGGUGACGCAGGAUGACAUCCUCCAGGCAGUGAACACCCUCCAACCAUUGGGGUCUUCUUAUUCGGUAAUCAAGGUCGGCAGCAAACCAUAUAUUCGGUCCGUUCCUCGCGAGCUGAACACGGACCAGAGCGCUGUUCUAGAAGCAGUGCAAAUCCUGGGAUACGUCAGCCCUUCCAUGCUUAUGGUGAACCUUCGAUGGGCAAGGGCUCGCGCACAAACGGCGAUUGAUGAUCUGGUGGGCGACGGCAUGCUGUGGGUUGACAAGCUGUCGGCCGAGUGGGAAUAUUGGAGCCCGGGGUUUAUGCUAGAAGGUCAUGACGCCGUUCUGGACGGCUGA